CUAUAACUAACUCCAAUUCCAACACUAACUCUUGACUCUUGCUCCAUCAACCAAAUCAACCAAACUCUAACCUUCAACUCACCUAACUUAAUCAACAACCAUGGCACCCUUCGGCAAGAUCUACUCCUACCCGGGCAACUACCGUGUCGAACGGGCCCAAGUCAUAGCCGCCGUCAACGGCCUCGAGGUCCCUCUAGCCGAGGGCUUCAAAAUGGGCGUCGACAACAAGACGCCCGAAUUCCUCGCCAAGUUCCCCAUGGGCCGCGUCCCAGCCUUCGAAGGCGCCGACGGUUUCUGUCUCGCCGAAGGCGGUGCCAUCGCAACCUACCUCGCUCUUUCCGGACCCAAGAAAUCUCAACUCCUAGGCAGCGACCCAAAAACCCAGGCCUUAGUCUCGCAAUGGGUGUUCUUCGCUGAGAGCGACUUGAACACCGGUAUUGUGCCCCCUGCCGCUAUGGCGUUCUUCAAGAUGAUGCCGUAUAACGAGGAGCGCUACAAUUACUCCAUCACCACGCUUGAGCGCUGCUUGAAGCGCCUCGAGGUCGCGCUGGAGGGCGGCAAGAAGUACCUUGUUGGUGACGCGCUUACGCUUGCUGAUGUAAUGGUCGCGGGAAUCUUGUUCUUCGGUACUAAGUUCGUUGUUGACGCUGAGAUGCGCAAGGACGUUCCCAACGUCGUUAGCUACUUGCAGGGACUUAGCGCUCUACCUGAGUUCAAGGCUCUUGGCGAGUUGACUUUGGUUGAGACUCGUGCCAAGCCCUGAAGUGGUGCGGACGCGGUUGGUGGGUUCGUUGGAGCUUGAUAGCUUAUCGAUCAAUUGACGGACCCAGAAACCGAAAAUCCCGGUAAAAGACAACUAUAAUAGUUGCCUGUGGGAUACACUACUCGGGAUUAGCUGCUAGUUCAACGCUGAAUCAUUGACUAGGGCGAA